AACUUUUGCACAAAAUUAGGGCAAACCGAACCACUUUCCACUUUACACUGAGAUUUCUUAGCCAUAGAAAAUGAAGAAAUUUUUUGUGUGUUGCCCUCACAAUGAUAUUAUUCCGUUCAUCUCUGCUUUCCAUUCUUGUUCAGCAAUUACAACAAGGGCUUAUUCUUCAAAUCAUAGUAAUACAUCCGUUUCAGUAAAGGGUAAACUUGGGUUAAAUAGCAAGAUUGAGAAUGUCAAGUGUUUAGAUGAUGCUGUCACUCUCUUCCAUCAAAUGGUUAGAAUGAAGCCUCUUCCUUCUGUUCCCGUCUUCUGUAAAUUAUUUAAGACUAUACUAAAUAUGAAGCAUUAUUCUGCUGUUGUUUCUCUUUUUCAAGAAAUGCAGAAUUUGGGCAUCCCAAUUAAUGAUUUCAUCUUGAAUAUCGUGAUUAACAGUUAUUGCCUGAUGCAUCGUGUUGAAUUUGGAUUUUCGGUGUUACCCAUUUACUUGAAGACUGGCAUUCCGUUUGAUAAUGUCACCUUUACCACCCUAAUUAGGGGAUUAUUUGCUGAAAAUAAGGUCAAACUUGCAGUUGAAUUGUUCAAAAAAUUGGUGAGAGAGAAGAUUUGUGAGCCCAACGAAGUAAUGUAUGCAACCGUCAUGAAUGGGCUUAGUAAAAGGGGUCAUACGGAGAAGACUUUAAGUUUGCUCCGGUUAAUGGAACAAGGAAGUACUAAGCCCAACAUAUAUAUUUACAGCAUUGUUAUAGAUGCUUUUUGCAAAGAUGGAAACAUAGAUAUUGCUGUGAACCUUUUGAACGAGAUGAAGCUGAAAGGCAUUCCUUCAAACAUAGUCACAUACAGUUCAUUGAUUGAUGGUUUGUGUAAGUUUGGUCAGUGGGAAAAAGUUAAGACUUUGUUCUCUGAGAUGGUGAACCUUAAUAUUUAUCCAAAUGUGCGCACCUUCACCGCGGUGAUUGAUGGACUAUGCAAAGAAGGAAAAGUCGAAGAUGCAGAGGAAGUAAUGAGACACAUGACUGAUAAAGGUGUAGAGCCUAAUGCGUUCACCUAUAAUGCCAUAAUGAAUGGACAUUGUUUGUGUGGUCAACUAGCUAGAGUGAGGGGAGUUUUUGAUUCCAUGAUAGAUAAGAACAUUGAACCUGGCAUUAUUAGCUAUAACAUACUAAUAAAUGGAUACUGUAAGGAAAAGAAAGUGGAUGAGGCCAUGCAAUUGUUUGGUGAAAUUUCUCAAAGGGGAUCAAAACCUGAUAUCUUUACCUACAAUACUAUCUUGCAAGGGCUGUUUGAAGUUGGAAGAAUUGGAGAUGCAAAAAAAGUUUCUGCCGAAAUGCUUUUUGCAGGGCACGUACCUGAUUUAUGCACUGAACACACUUUGCUCAAUGGUUAUUUUAAGUACGGACUUGUUGAAGAAGCUAUGUCACUCUUUAAUAAGUUGGAAAGAAAGAGAGAAAAUAUUGAUAUAGUAUCUUACAAUAUAAUCAUUAAUGGCUUGUGCAAAAAUGGUAAACUCGACAAAGCUCGUGCCAUAUUUGAGAAGCUUUCUUUAAUUGGAUUGCUUCCGGAUACAAGAACUUAUAAUAUAAUGAUAAAAGGAUUUUGUCUUGAAGGGUUAUUAGAUGAAGCAAGUGGUAUGUUAAGAAAAAUGGGGGACAACGGUUGUUUGCCGAACAUUGUCACUUACAAUGUUAUUGUGCAAGGUUUUCUCAGGUGUAGCAAAAUUAGUGAAAUGGCAACAUUCAUGAAGGAAAUGGUUGGAAGGGGCUUCUCAUUUGACGCAACUACAAUAGAGUUAUUGAUAAAUGUUACAAAGGAGAAUCCUUCCGUCCUUGACAUGAUCCAAGAGCUUCACUCGGAAAAUAAGAAGUGAUUAUUUCUUUCGCUUGGUUUAGUCGGCUACACUAUCAUUGCGAUACAGUUUUUUGUUACCGCAA